AUGGUGCUUUUUACUCGGUGUGAAAAAGCAAGAAAGGAGAAACUUGCUGCUAGCUAUAAGGCAUUAGUUGACUACUUGGUCGAUUGUGAUGUUCCCACCUUCUUAGCAAGAAUUGAGACUAUACAAGAAUGGGACCGGUCAAGAGAUGACCUUUACGUUUGGAUCCCCAUUCUAGAUCGAAUGGAUGAACUCCUGUCGAAAGUGGCAGAAAAAUAUAAUUACAAGCAAGAUUCUAAAAAGGAAUCCGAAGUUAAACUAUUAGAAAUGGAAGCGCAUGACGUUAUUUACUGUUUGAAGAUGCUACAAUUUACUCGUCGAUUACUUUUGAACACAGAAAACAGAUUUGUUUACUCCUCUGGGGAUGUUUUAAUACAUCUGCUAAAUUGUCCAAACUUCACAAUAAAAUUAGCAGUUAUGAGGAUUUUGGCUAUUUUAGGCGAAAGAUUUGUCAUAGCGAGAGAAAAGAUAGUUGCGCAUAAUAUUUUUGGUGAUCAUGAUCUAAGGAAAAAUGCUCUUAAAUUAGCUUUAUCCUUGUCGUCUUCUGUCAUGGAUGAAGAUGGAGAACAUUUUUCACUCGUAGAUUUGUACUUUGAUAAGAAGAAAGUUCCUCAAAAAUGGAGAAAGUUAAGAUUUACGCACUAUACUUCAAAUGGCUUCAAAAAAUCAAACCUGUCGAAAAAUAACGGUAAUGAGGUAACUUCCAUUAAGAAGGUGACCAUGACAAGUCAAGAAUUAUGCGAUCACUCUUUGCAGGAAAUCUUCAAUAAAGGUAUGGAACUUUUACCAUCAGAAAGUUGGUUUGACUUUUCGGUAAAAGCCUCGGUGGCAAAAGCCUUCAGUGAUGAUUCUAACGAAAAUAAGGAUUUGAGGAACUUAAUCAUUGAAACAAAAUUGAACGCUAUUGCAUUCGUGAACACCAUUUUCUCACCUCCUCAAGUGAGUUCCAAGUUAUUCGAAUUGGAUCCUUAUGCUUUUAACAGUUUAACUGACUUAAUUUCGUUAUCUGAAACCAAAAUACCAAAGGAAUUAAGAACAGAUGCUCUUUUCACAUUGGAAUGUAUUUCUUUGAAGCACGUCUGGUGUUCAGACAUCAUUAGAAACCUUGGUGGUAACAUAUCGCACGGCCUAUUGUUCCAGAUUCUGCGUUACAUUGCCAAGACAUUGAGAGAAGCGACAGAUGAGGUUGACGAAGAAUAUAAUGUGAGGUUUUUCUACUUGAUAUCGAACCUAGCUGACGUUAAACCUUUGCAUGAAUCUCUGUUUGCUGCCGGUUUGAUUCCUACAUUAUUAGAGAUUGUAUCUAUAAGAAACUGUUCGUAUAAGCGUACGCUAGCUUCGGCAACACAUCUUUUGGAGACAUUUAUAGAUAACAGUGAAACUGCUACUGAAUUCAUCGAAAACGACGGUUUUACUAUGUUAAUCACUUCUGUGGCCAAUGAAAUCGACUUUACACUUGAACAUCCAGAAACAUGGCAACCUCCAAAAUAUUCUGUGGUCUAUUACUCAAUCUCCUUCAGAGAGUUGGCAUAUAUCAGAAGUUUGCUGAAGCUCGUUCUCAAAUUAUUAAGUACAGACUCAGGAGACAGGAUUAGAAAUUUGAUAGAUUCACCAAUACUCGUUUCACUAAAGAAAAUCCUGGAGAAUAAAUUUGUAUUUGGUUUAAAUUUAAUAACUUACACUCUCGAUGUAGUUCAAAAAGUAAUAAAUAGUGAGCCUACUAUUUAUCCUGUUCUCGUUGAAGCAGGUCUGAUUCCAUAUAUCGUUGACAAUUUCCCAAAGCUAUUAGGGCCUUCUGCGGAAUUAUUGAGUUUACUUCCUGACGUCAUUUCCGCAAUAUGCCUGAAUUCAGAGGGGCUAAACCAAGUUAAAGAAAAAGGUCUUAUAAACCAUCUAUUUGAUUUUUUGCUCGAUGCUGACCACGCACGUAUAUUAACUGGGGGCGAUCGCUCUACCGAAUACGGUACUGACAUCGAUGAAUUGGCAAGACAUUAUCCGGAUUUGAAGGCAAACAUUGUAGAGGCUCUAUGUGAUGUAAUUAGAAAAAUGCCAAGUGCAUAUAAAGAUGAAAGAGAAUUCCUUUUCACUUCGCCGAAAGAUGAGAAAUAUUUCUUUCAUGAAAAAAAUGAGGAAGUGCUGGUUGAUAAAGAGGAGCAUGAGCCCGCUUAUUGGGAGUUAUUAGAUAAGGGAACUAUGUUGGACACGUUCACUAGUGUUUUGUUUGGUAUGUCAUUGGGAAAUGGCUCUUUUUCGCAGGUUCCACAACAUUUAGAAGCAAAAGAUUUUUUGGCAAUUCUAUUCAUGGAAAAUCCGCCUUAUGAAUACUUUACUUCAGUAGCAAUAUCAAAUGUCACCGAGGUCCUUCAGUACUUGGAUGAAAAAUAUGAAGAUUAUGCAUUCAUGGAUGUAAUGAAAGCAUUGAAUGACCAAUUAGAAAAUUUGAGUGAAUUUUUAAAUAGUCCUAAUGACACUAGUUUCUUUUUGGCAAAGGAUGGCGACACUUCGAUACGUAAAUGUCAUUCAAAGCUUUGUCGACUCGCCGCUAUUUUAAACAUUGUUACAAACGUUUACGUUGAUCUUACAACCCUAUCGUGUAAGAGAAUCAUGCAAAUUUACAGUUAUUUCAAUAAAAGCGGCUUUUCUCUAAUUAAAAACUUAAAACUACUACUCCAAAAGUGUGCAUUAGAGGAAAUGUAUUUACGCCAACAUAUGCCAGAUUCUAUUAUUACGGAAACUAUGCCAUUACCCAUAGUAGAUGUUUCAGGAGAUGGGCCGCCGCUUCAAAUAUAUAUCCAUGAUCCAAAAAAGGGUGACCAAAAGGGAAAAGUUACUAGCAUAAAAACAAGAAAUACUCUCCAAGUGCGAACGACAUUGUAUACCUUACAAUCCAAUACUGCAGUUUUAUUCCGUUGUUUCCUAAGAUUAAGCCACUCCAGAAGUAUGGACUUAGAACAUAAAGAUCUAACAACUGAGAUUCACAUCUUCGAAAACGUUGUUGAAAAUGUUCUCGAAAUGUUAAAAGUCACUGAACUUGAAGGUCAUUUACCGUACUUUCUUGUUCUACUAAACUUCAAUACCUUUGUGUUUACGAUUCCAAAAGCUUCUCCAAACUCAACUGAAAUUUUACAAACAAUACCUGCUUAUAUUUUCUAUCAAAAGGGAGGUUAUUUACUUUAUUUGCAAAUUAUAAGAGAUCUUUUUACAAGAAUGACAAAAAUAAAAGAUCUUUCUUCCCUUGACAACUUAAAUUACAUCGACGAAUCGAACGGUAUUUUAACCUUAAGCUGCUUAAUAAAUGCCCUAACUUUUAUCAACAAGUCUAUGCAAACUGAAACCAUGGAAAAUGUUCAAAGUAUAGGUAAGUACUACGUUUCAGUAGAUGAAGAUUACAAUAUCAUGAAAGCCCUUACGGUUCCUAUUAAAGUAAUGGCUCUAGCAAUGAUUUUAGAUUUGGAUAAAUCAGAUGGACUGUUCAAGACACAGUCUCGUAAUGUGCCUUAUUCUGUAUUCAAGCAACUCUUGAGUAUGCUGAAGAAUGUAUUCACCACUGUUAACAUUCAUACCAAAGAACUGUACGAAUUGCACUGGGACUUGGUUUUCCCACCAAUUAGAAAAAUAAACUUAUUUGAACAGGUUGAUAUUCCCGGCGAUGUUGCGGCGAAUUACUUAACUGAAACCGGGGACGACCUUCCUACAGAUAAUAGUAUUGGUCUUUUCUCACCUGAACAAUGGGAAAAGUAUGUAAAAUUAGCUGGAGAAGAUAAGUCAAUAUACUACCCACAACCAAUACAACCACAAUACUACAAAGGAUGUACGUCCAAGGAGCUAGAUGAACUAAGGGAUACUUUCUUCAAUGAUGGACUGCCCUCUAGGAUUUUUACAGUACUGCCCUUCUAUCCCAAACUUGUCAAUGCUUUUGCAAAGACUCUACUACAAAUCUUUACAAAAUACGAUGAACCCAAUGAAGUAUUUGCUGGCAAAAUAUUGGAUAGGAUCCUGGAGACGAGAUUGGAUGAUCCCGCCACUUUGUCCUCAUUGAUUCAUUUAUUCGGUAUAUUCUUAAAUGAGAAAUAUAUUUAUCAAAAGGCUUCGCACUUGAUGCAGAAGUUUAUUGAAUAUCUUGAAAAGUCUUUGAAGCCAGAACAUGUUAAUACACCUUGGUUUUCGAAAGCUCUUUACGUUUAUGAAAUCAUAAUAGCAAAAUCAGAAUUGCCCCAGUUUGAAGAGCUGUCUAAGGAUGUUCUCUUGAGAUAUCCUUUACUUUCCAUGGCCAAAGUCUUCCGCAUACCAGAAUCUAUAAAACAGAAAUUGUUCGAUAUACUAAUCAGAGUUUCUGAUAUUUCCAAUUUUUAUUCCGCGCUGGCAACAUCGCGUAUAUUAAUUUUUUAUUCUAGGGACGAGUUCUACGCUAACAACAUAGCAAGAUCAGGUAUUUUGUCAAGAUUACUAAAAGUGAUAGGAAGUUUCCAAAAAUUGGACAAAAUUAACUUUCUAGAGUCAUCUUUUCUUUUAUUGACAAGAAGGUGUUUUGAAACAACUGAAAACGUUGACAAUUUGAUACGUGCAGAAGUUGAUAGAAGCUUUACUGCUAGACCGUUAGGCGAUGGAGAUGAUGCUGUGCGUGAAUUAACAACUAUUUUAGAAGAGAAAGCACACGUAGUUAUGCGAAGUCCCUCUCAAUUUAUUGACAUUCUUUGUGAAACGGCUCGAUUCCAAGAAUUUGAUGAACAAGGUGCUUUGAUUGAUUACUCGUUGAAAAGAUUUUUGGAUAAGAAAAAGGAAGAUACUCGAGUAAUUCUAGACAAGGCUGAUAUAUAUGAGCGGACAGGUAUUAUGCAUUUAUUAUUAUCACAGCUUAUGGCUGCUUCUGAAAAAGACUGGUUAUCUGAACCGGCUAAUUCCUCAGACUUGCCGGAGAACAAGAAAAAUCAACUGGACCCAUCAAGAAAUCCCGUUUGUGCUUACAUGGUAUUUCUGUUGAAGCUUUUGGUAGAGCUAGUUAGUAGUUACAAUCAGUGUAAAUUUGAAUUUCUAACGUUCAGCAGAAGAAACACAUAUGCAGAACGCCCAAGACCAAGAACUACCGCUAUCAACUUUUUUCUUUAUAGAUUAUUGGACAAACCUGUUGGAAAUGACCAUGAUAAGCACGAAGCUAAAAGAAGAGAAGUUGUUGGAAUGUUAGCGCGCUCCGUUAUUAUCGGUUUCUUAGCUACUGUUCAAGAUGACAAAACGAUCAAAAGUGAUGUCAAGAUUGUUGAUCCUCAUAUGAAUUUUAUUAGAAAAUUUGCAAUUGAAGCGAUCAUGAAAGCAAUUCGAAAUGCAACUUCUUCUUCCAAACUUUUGGAAGGCAAUCAUUUAAAGUUAGAUAUGUGGUUCAGAAUUAUUACGUCAAUGGUUUAUGUCCAGGCGCCACAUCUUCGCCAACUUCUUGAUCCGAAUAAAGUUGAGGCUGACCAAUACCAAUUGUGCAAGCUCGUUAUAGAUCUGGGACUUCCAUCAGUUAUUACGGAAGCUAUGGCCAGUAUAGAUUUAAACUAUCCGUUUUCAAAGAAAAUAUUCAACGUAGCUGUUGAAGCCCUAAAUACCAUCAGUUCAACGAGGAAUAAUUUUUCGGAACACUUCAAGAUUGAAGACCAUGACGAAGUUGACGACGAGGUUGAUGAAUCUGAUAAAGAAGAGAUUCCGGACAUGUUCAAAAACUCAGCACUCGGGAUGUAUGAUGUAGAAGAUAUUGAGGAAGAUGACGAUGAUGACGACGAUACUUCGUUAAUUGGAGAUGGUGAUGCUAUGGCAUUUGUUGAUAGUGAUAAUGGAUUCGAAGUAGUGUUCAGUGAUGAAGAUGACGAUAUGGGAGAAGAAGGUGAAGAAGAUGUUCAUUCAAGGUCAGAGGAAAACGACUUAUCCUCAGAAAUGAAUUCAAGCACAACAGGUGGUUCAGAUGUUGACUAUGAAGUUGAUGACGCAGAAGGACUGGUUAUCAAUAUUGAGCAACAAUCAGGAGAUGAUGAAGAUAUGGCUGACUACGAUAUUGAUCAUAGCCAUUCUUCCCGUACUGGUGAUGAAGAUGAAGGUUCUAUGGACGUCAUAGAGGUUUACGAUGACGAGCUAAGCUCUGAAUACGAUGUCGAUUUGAGCGAUUAUGACGUGGAUGAGUCUGAUUGGGAUUCAGGAUUAUCCAGUUUAUCCAUUUCAGAUGAAGAAGGCGAAAGUAGCGAAAACGAGCCGAUUAACUCCACCAGAAUGGGAGAUUCAAGAAGAAGGUGGUUGAUAGCCGAAGGUGUUGAGCUUUCAGAUGACUCACAAGGGGAAAGUGAAGACGACGGGAGGGAUGUUUUCCGUGAUAUCGAACACAUCUUUUCAAAUGAAAAUGAACCUUUGUUUAGGGUUCACGAUGAAAUGCGUCAUAGAAAUCAUCGUCGCUCGAUUAAUCGUACUCAUUUCCAUUCUGCUAUGAGUGCACCCUCUUUAAGUUUGCUGAAUCGCGGAAGAAGAAAUCAAAGUAAUUUAAUUAAUCCUUUAGGGCCUACUGGAUUAGAACAAAUUGAGAACGAUAUUUCUGACCAAGUGACUGUUGCUGGUUCAGGUUCUCGCCCGAGAUCCCAUCAUUUACAUUUUUCAGAAGUUCUUUUGUCAGGUGGUGUGUUUGAUGAACCUGUUUUGGAUGGCAUCAUUUUAAAGUCUACGGUAUCAAGAUGGAAGGAUAUAUUUGAUAUGUUUUAUGACUCCAAAACAUAUGCCAAUUGUAUCAUACCCACUGUUAUCAACAGAAUAUACAGGGUUAGCUUAGAUUUACAAGAAAACUCUGAAAAACGCAAACAAGGAAAAUCAAAGGAUAAGCACCCUAUUUUCUCUGAGCCAAGAGUGGAAAGUAUCAGUAGUACAGACGCCAUAUCAGCAGAGGAAGAUAGCGUGCAAGCAAGCAACGUUUCCCAUGAUGACCAUGAACCUGUCUUUGUUACUAUUCAAGGAUCUGAAGUAGAUAUAGGUGGCACGGAUAUCGAUCCUGAGUUCAUGAAUGCUUUACCAGACGACAUAAGAGCUGAUGUAUUUGCACAACAUGUUAGAGAAAGAAGAGCUGAAGCCAGACUUGAUUCAGAGCACAAUGCACACUCCAGGGAAAUCGAUUCCGAUUUCCUAGAAGCAAUUCCUGAAGAUAUUAGAGAAGGAAUUUUGGACACCGAAGCGGAAGAGCAGAGGAUGUUUGUUAGAAUAGGUUCCUCUGCGAACGUGCUAAGAGCCGACGACGGUGCUAUCGAUAACGAUGAGGAAGCUGAAAAUUUGGAUCAUGAAAACAGUGAUGAUCGUAACAUUGCCGAACCUGAAAAGAAAAAGCCGGCAAGAAUAUACUUUGCUCCAUUAAUUGAUCGUGCUGGUAUUGCUUCGCUAAUGAAAUCUGUGUUUAUCUCUAAACCUUACAUUCAACGUGAAAUAUACCACGAACUGUUUUAUCGCUUAUGCUCUAGUAAGCAAAACAGGAACGAUUUAAUGAAUACAUUUCUAUUCAUUUUGAGUGAAGGUAUCAUAGAUCAGCACUCUUUAGAAAAAGUUUAUAACAUAAUUUCUAGCAGAGCGAUGGGGCACGCGAAAGCUACGACCGUCAGGCAAUUACCUCCAGACUGUACGCCGCUUACAGUGGCUAAUCAAACUAUUGAAAUCUUACAAAACCUGAUUGAUGCAGAUUCUAGAUUGAAAUACUUUCUCAUCGCAGAACACGAUAACCUGAUAGUAAACAAAGCAAAUAAUAAGUCCAGGAAAGAAGUGCUCACUGAUAAAAAAUUGAGAUGGCCUCUGUGGCAUUUAUUCUCACUUCUAGAUAGAAAGCUCAUCACAGAUGAAAGCGUAUUAAUGGAUUUAUUGACAAGGAUAUUACAAGUCUGUACAAAAACGUUGGCUGUUCUUUCCGUCAGUUCGAGUGGUAAAGAAAAUUUGAAUAAAAAGUUUCAUUUACCAGAUUUCGAUGAGGAUGACCUCAUGAAAAUUUUAUCUAUCAUUACACUCGAUAGUUGUACCACAAGGGUAUUUCAGCAAACAUUGAAUAUAAUUUACAAUCUCUGUAAAAUAAAAGGGUGUAUGGCGAUUUUUACACAACACCUGGUAUCUUUGGCUAUAGAGAUAAUGGGCAAAUUAAAGGAUGCUCUGGAUGGCCUAUCUCGUGAGGUGAGUACGAUAACGAAUGGGAUGGAGAUCAACUCAGAGUUGCUACAGAAAUUUACCCUUCCAAGUUCUGAUCAAGCAAAGUUACUGAAAAUUCUCACGACAGUUGAUUUCCUCUAUACUCAUAAAAGAAAGGAGGAGGAGCGUAAUAUUAAAGACCUGCAAUCUUUGUACGAUCAAAUGAAUAGCGGCUCCGUGUGGUCCUCAUUGAGCGAAUGUUUGACCCAGUUUGAAAAAAGUCAAGCUAUCAAUACUUCAGCAACCAUCUUGCUUCCAUUGAUUGAAUCGCUCAUGGUGGUAUGCAGACGAAGUGACUUAAGCCAAAAUAGAAAUACGGCAAAUAAAUAUGAAGAUGCUAAAUUACUUGAUUUUUCGAAAACGCGUGUUGAAAACUUAUUCUUCCCAUUUACAGAUGCUCACAAGAAAUUGUUGAAUCAGAUGAUUCGGUCAAAUCCGAAGUUGAUGAGUGGCCCUUUCGCACUUUUAGUCAAGAAUCCAAAAGUUUUAGAUUUUGAUAAUAAAAGGUACUUCUUCAAUGCCAAAUUGAAGCCCGAUAAUCAAGAGCGCCCCAAGUUACCCAUUACUGUUCGCCGUGAGCAAGUUUUCUUAGACUCUUAUCGAGCUUUGUUUUUCAAAACGAAUGAUGAGAUCAAGAAUUCAAGGUUAGAAAUUACAUUUAAAGGAGAAAGUGGUGUCGAUGCUGGUGGUUUAACUAGGGAAUGGUAUCAAGUUCUUUCCAGACAAAUGUUUAACCCAGAUUACGCUCUUUUCCUUCCUGUGCCAUCGGAUAAGACCACCUUCCAUCCCAACCGUACAUCGGGCAUCAAUCCUGAGCACCUUUCUUUCUUCAAGUUUACCGGGAUGGUUAUAGGAAAAGCAAUAAGGGAUCAAUGUUUUUUGGAUUGCCAUUUUAGCCGUGAGGUUUACAAGGAUAUUUUAGGUAGACCAGUAUCGUUGAAGGAUAUGGAAUCUUUGGAUCCAGAUUACUAUAAAUCUUUGGUAUGGAUUCUCGAAAAUGAUAUCACAGAUAUCAUAGAUGAAACAUUUUCCGUUGAGACUGAUGAUUAUGGGGAACAUAAAGUUAUCGACUUAACUGAAGGAGGUAAAGACAUAAUGGUUACCGAACUCAAUAAACAGGAUUAUGUAAAGAAAAUCGUUGAAUAUAAGCUUCAAACAUCCGUCAAGGAGCAAAUGGAUAACUUUUUGGUUGGCUUCUAUGCUCUGAUAUCUAAAGACCUCAUUACCAUAUUUGAUGAGCAAGAAUUGGAGUUGCUGAUUAGUGGUUUACCUGAUAUUGAUGUCGAUGAUUGGAAAAACAAUACCACCUAUGUCAAUUAUACCGCGACUUGUAAAGAAGUCAAUUACUUCUGGAGGGCGGUUAGAUCAUUUGAUGCAGAAGAACGUGCUAAGCUACUGCAAUUCGUUACAGGUACCAGUAAAGUACCUCUUAACGGAUUCAAGGAAUUAAGUGGUGUGAACGGUGUUUGUAAAUUUUCCAUUCAUCGUGAUUUUGGUUCAUCAGAAAGAUUGCCAUCAUCGCAUACUUGCUUCAAUCAGCUGAAUUUGCCUCCUUAUGAAUCGUAUGAAACGUUACGAGGUUCUUUAUUGUUAGCAAUUAAUGAAGGGCAUGAAGGGUUUGGCCUUGCUUGA